GGUUGAUAUUUGACAUAUGUCAUUGUAGUGCAGACUGGAAAGUAUUGUCAUCAAUGCCCAAUUUAUUAUUUAUUUUCAAAUGACAAACAGUGAAUGACGUUAUUGACUGUGACUUUGUGGAAAAAUUAAAAUAUAAAUAAAAAUGUGGCACCAGUGAUGCGUUUAAAGGGAAAAAAUAACGCCAAGUCUUUUCAUAGCGUCUAUAAGGUGCUUUCCCGUAUAUGUCGAGCCGUGGACAAAGGUCAACUCGAUGGUUUCAUGGCUGAUGGUGCAGUUCCUUCUUUAAAAAAUGGCAAUAAUUCGAAAACCGCAGGAUAUGCGAACCAAAAUAGCAACGUUAAUCACACCCCCGAAGUGUCGAACACGGUACAAACAAUGGGCCAAUACGCUCCGAAAAUCUUAAGGAAUUUACAAGCUCAAAGAUUGAAAAACCAAUUCACUGAUGUGUGUCUUGUCGCUGGAGAUUGUGUGAUUCGAGCUCACAAAUUAGUUCUGGCGGCAGGCAGUGCUUAUUUUAACGCAAUGUUCACCAGUGGAUUGGUUGAGGGACAACAAGAUUCUGUCGAAAUUCAUUCAGUUUCAUCAAAAAUACUCUCAAUGCUCGUCGACUUCAUUUACACUGGAAAUAUCGAUAUUACUCAGGACAAUGUUCAGGAGCUUUUCGCCGCUGCUGAUAUGUUAGAAUUAGAGGAAGUUGUUUCUGGAUGUACCGCUUACCUCGAACAACAACUCCAUUGUUCUAAUGCCCUUGGAAUUUACAGAUUUGCCGAAGCACACAAUAGUUCAAAUCUUUUGGAGACUGCCUUACGCUUUAUUCAAGUCAAUUUUCCUCGAGUGUCACAAGAGGAAGAAUUUUUGGACCUGCCAAAGGAAUACCUCGUUCGAUUCCUUAGUAGCGAAUAUAUUCACAUCGAUACCGAAUUUCAGGUCUUCCAAGCAGCGUAUAACUGGAUUACGCAGGAUAUAUCUGCUAGGAGAUGUUAUGUUUUUGAAAUCUUAGGUCACAUAAGGCUGCGACUUUGCUCUUUGGCUCGCCUGGAGCAAACGAUACUUGAUUGCAAAGAUGCUAGUCUGAUAGUAGCAUUGCGAUCAAUUCAGAAAGACUUAAUUUCCAACAAAGGCUGCCUUGUACCAUUGCACGCUCAACCGAGAAUCUGUGCUAAGAAAAACAUCUUGGUUAUCGGUGGUUCGAAGAGGGAACACUGUCCCGACAGUUGGGCUCGUGCUGCCGAAAGUACUUACGAAACCAUUGACAAAUAUGAUACAUUUACCGGAGAGUGGAGCGAGGUGGCGCCGAUUGGAAUAGGUAGAAUUCUACCAGGUGUUGCUUUAUUAGAUGGUAAGGUUUAUGUUGUUGGAGGUGAAUUGGAAUCUUGUAUAAUCGCAAACGGAGAAUGUUACAAUCCCCGUGACGAUGUUUGGACCUCAAUUGCAUGUAUGGAAGAGCCCAGAUGUGAUUUUGGAUUAUGUGCCUUGGAUAAUAGUUUAUACGCAUUUGGCGGUUGGGUUGGAGAAGAUAUUGGGCGUUCAAUUGAAAUUUACGAUCCGAUAUCCAAUACUUGGACGUUAGAUGGAGAACUUCCAGAACCCAGAUUUAGCAUGGGUGUCGUUGCGUAUGAAGGACUUAUUUAUGUUGUCGGUGGAUGUACUCAUGUUAGUCGACAUCAUCAAGAAGUUAUGAGCUAUAAUCCGGUUAAUAAAAAAUGGAAAUAUUUAGCUCCAUUACUAACACCACGUUCACAAAUGGGAAUUACCGUUCUUGAUGGUUACAUCUACGUCGUUGGUGGUACUAACAAAAAUCACGAGGUACUUACCUCUGUCGAGCGAUAUUCUUUUAAAAAGAACGAAUGGACAACGGUCGCUCCAAUGAAAGUUGGCAGGUCAUAUCCUGCCGUAGCAGCGGCUGAUGGUCGACUUUAUGUAAUAGGCGGCGAUCAGUCACAAGAAAUUAAUUUUUACAGAACGCAAAUCACCAUUUCUACCGUUGAAUGUUACGAUCCAAAUUCCGAUACAUGGCACGAAUGCGCAUCUCUUCCAACUAGUCGAGGAGAAGCGGCAGCGAUCAUCGCACCAUUCUGAUUACAGUUUUAUAUUUGUCAAAUCAAUAUAAUCAUCGAACUAUCUACAUUCAUCUAAUUAAGAGCUGUCCAACUUUUAGAGGCCUUGCAAAUUUUAAAAAUUACCGAAUUUUACGAAUUCUAAUCUAAAAUAAGGUGUACAUAAUAUUUAAACUCAAGAAAUGAAACAUUCAUCGUAAUAGUGUAUUUUUUCAAUACUUCGGGGAAUUGAAAGUGUAGAAAUUACCUUUAUUUUUACUAUUUUAAUUUUAAUAUAAUAAAAUCGUUGCAAUAAAUGUUUGAAAAAUUUCAAAACAUUCACUUACAUUUAUAUAAAAAUUUCAUUAAAUAAUUUAAUAAUAAUAAUAGAUUUAUUUUACAACCGAAAAUCAGAAGCGAAAUUUUAUUUGAUAAUAAGUAAUAAGACUCAAAUAAUUUUUAAGUAUUUUAUCGGGCAGAAAAUUAUGAAAAAUAACGUCAGGUUGGACAGCUCUUUAUGAUAAAAUAACUGGUAUUGUGCAAAUGAAAAUUGAUAUGAAAAUGUGAAUGGGACUAGAGAUACAUUUAUUAAAUUUUAAUUCAAUUUAUUUACACAAUUUUUAGAAGCUUUUAUAUAACUCCGUUGUCAAUUUUUUUCUCUACAAUAUCUACAAAUAGAACUUAAAAUAUAUUUCACAUGAAAGAAUUUUUUUAUCAGUUUGAUUGUAAUUCAAAUAUAUAUAAUAUGUGACUGUCCACGAGAAAACAAGGCU